AUGGCGGAUUUAUCGAUUCCUUCAAGGGAUUCGGGGAAGGAUCAAAUGUUGGAACGCUACUUGAAUCUCAUGGCAGACCAGAGGAAAAGGCAGGAUUCCUGCUUACAGCCGCAGGAAGCAGCAGUAUUAAGCGCACCUCGAAUCAAGCAAGAGAUUGAGGAUGUUGAGAAAGUCUGUCGAGCAACCCAAGAAGUUUCCAAGAACAGUCGAGAACAUGAAAAAUGGAAAGAAACAACAACAGGAUCUCAUGAAACUUACUGGAAUCUUUUGGAUUUGCUAGAAGAUGGAGAAGCAACUAUAUCCACUGCCAAAAGAAGUCAUGGAACCGAAAAGCUUCAAGCAAGUUUCCAACAGCCCUCGUCAAGUCUAUUAGAUCUUCAAGAGGAAUUUGGCUUGAUAAAUUUAUCAUCACCCCAAAAACCCAACGAACCCGAAGGAAGCCAAGCAGAUCAUGAAGAAACUAGCUCGGCCCUAUUCGAUUUGGAAGAAGUAGUAUCUGAUGCAACAGCCCUGUCAUCGCCCCAAAAAGCUCAAAAGACCGGUAGAAUUCAAGAAGCCGAGUACAAUGAACACACUAAAGGGACUGAAGAAUCCGAGACAGAUCCUGAAGAUGAUGACCAAUGGUGGGGUCUUCCUGAUUUGGAGGAAGAUUCUUCGCCUCCUCGAGUGCUACCCUACUUCUCAGAGCUUCCCGGAAAACUAAGACGGCAAAUUUGGAACCUCGCCCGUCCUGAAGCACGCUACAUAAACAUUCGAGAGUCCAAAUGGAGUGCAGUACUUUACUCGGAUGCCCCAAUUCCAGCUUUGCUUCACACUUGUCAAAAAUCGAGACAAGAAGCUUUGAAAUGGUACAACUUAUCAUUUGCAAGAGACCUUGAGAUGGGAUUCUGGGAUCAGCAGACCUUGAAUGAGCUGAUGGAUAAGGCACUUACGGAAGGACAACGCGCCCAACCAAGAAUUUACUUUGACUGGGAACGUGAUGGCAUAUAUUCACAAUGUGCUCGUUGUAAUGGCCAUAGAAUGAGCUGUAGGCACGCCCCUCUCUCUUUUGAUUGGCUUAGAGUUAAGCGAUUGGCAUACGAAGGUCCUCUUUCCAUCAAUCCUUUUUAUAAGCUUACAUUGUGUUAUCCGGCCGUCGAACGUAUCAUACUUAUCCGUGGUCGAAGCGUUAUUCGACGCACGGCGGUCUCACCUUCUGAGUUCAUACUAGUCAAUGAAAAGUUUGAAUGGGAAGGAGAUGAUUUGCUUGCAACUUGUCUUGAAACCUUACAGAAUACCGAUCCGGAGUGUGAUGCACUUGAAACCAUCACGUCAGUCCAAAGAAUGACUUUAAUGGAUGUCAAUCAGACAGAAGUGGUUAACCGAACGGAAAGUAGUUAUUGGCCUUGCCGUUGA